CUCAGCAUCAGCCUCUGUUUCUCGUUCCCCGUCUGAUACCCUCACGUCCUCCAGGUUUUUUGACGUCCAGAAGCUUUCGACUCGCUUUCCUGUUUCACCCCGAUAACGACACCAGUUUCUCUUCUUUCUGUUUCUCUUUUUAGGACUCUUCGGUCGCUCUAAACUUACAAUGCAAGCCAUUAAAUGUGUCGUUGUGGGAGACGGUGCUGUAGGGAAGACCUGUCUUCUCAUUUCUUAUACAACAAACGCGUUCCCCGGUGAAUAUAUUCCAACUGUAUUCGACAACUACUCUGCGAAUGUGAUGGUAGAUGGAAAGACCAUUUCUCUGGGAUUAUGGGAUACUGCUGGUCAAGAAGAUUACGACCGACUCCGACCCCUGUCAUACCCUCAGACCGACGUUUUCCUCAUUUGCUUCUCGCUUGUUAGUCCCCCUAGUUAUGAGAACGUCAGGACAAAGUGGUACCCUGAGAUCUCUCAUCACGCACCCUCGACAUCCAUCGUUCUGGUUGGCACCAAGCUUGAUUUGCGGGAAGACCCCAUGACCAUUGAGAAGUUGCGAGAGCGCCGCAUGGCACCUAUCCAAUACUCCCAGGGCGUUGCAAUGGCGAAAGACAUUGGCGCAGUGAAAUACCUGGAAUGUUCCGCGCUCACCCAGAAGGGUUUGAAGACAGUCUUCGACGAGGCUAUUCGCGCAGUCUUGAACCCACCCCCUCGUGUCAGCAAGAAGAACUCGAGUCGCUGCGUCAUCCUAUAAAUACAGACAUCACUUCCCUCUCACGACUCCUGCGUUGGUCCAUCAUGAUUGGAUUUCUUUCAGUUUUUUGCUAUAUCACGCCAUUUAUGUCUUUGCUCAGCCUUAUAAACUCUUCUUGUGACGACUCUGUACCUUCUAUCGACAGUCUGGUUUCUAUAUGCGUAACAACUAGUUUGAUCA